AUGACUUACUACGGCCACAACGUCAACUUUCAGCAGCAGAACCCUGGGUAUAACCAGGAUGGCAACGGCCAGGGAGGCUAUGGCGGUGACGAUCAACGCCGCAAUGACCAAGGCGGCUAUCAGCAAGGCGGUCCUCAACAGUACGGUCAACAGCAGGGAGGCUACCAACAAGGUGGUCCUCAACCAGGAGGUUAUCAACAAGACCGCCCAGGUCUCUCACAAUCCUACUACUCCGAGUCGUCUCAGUCCUCCCAGUAUCCUCCUGGUGGACAAUCUGGACCUGGACAAUACCAGCAGGGCCCCCCUGCAUAUAACCAAGGACCUCAAGGCCAAUUCGACGGCGGAGAUGGUCCCGAUGGUGAGCGUGGUGUAAUGGGAGCCCUUGCUGGCGGUGCAGCUGGUGCUUUCGGUGGUCAUAAGAUGGGCGGAGUCACCGGACACAGCAAGACCAGUACCAUCGUCGGAGCUUUGGCCGGUGCCUUUGGCGGUCACAAGCUGCAAGACGCCGCUGGAGACUGGAAGGAUGAGAGAGACGAGAAGAAGGAAGAGGAGAAGCGACGAAAGGAGGAAGAGAAGCGACGCGAGGAAGAAGAGGAAAGGAGAAGAAAGGAGCGCCGUGAUGAUGAUCGCUAUGAGUCUCACCAUCAUCGUCGUCGAAGCUCCUCUCGUGGCUCUGAUCGACGUCGUGGUGGGCAUUACGCCGGAAACUUCACUGCCUCGUCUCGAGAUAUCAGACUUGAUGCUCAUGGCGACUACGUCCUGCACGCCUCUUGCAAACGCGAGGAUGGAGACUAUCAGCACACAUCCAUCUCACUCGACAAAGUCCUCGAAAAUGAUAGGGGAAGCUUCCGUUGGUCAGCAGGUGGCCAUCAUGGUAGCUCUUCUUCAGUCACAGUUCAGCAAGGUGAUACCCUUCGAGGUAUUGCUGCUCGGUUCAACUGCUCCUUUGAGGAGAUCGCACGACAUAACAACAUCAACAAUCCUGAUCUGAUCUAUCCUGGACAGACACUCCAGGUGCCUGGUGGUGGUCGUCAUGGCGGUGGUGGUUUUGGAUCUUCUGCACGACAUGUACGUCUUGUUGAUGGAGGUCAGAGACUUGAGGGCGAGCUGUCUCGAGAUGGAGAUUGGGUGCUUAGCUCGAUUAUCCUUGAUGAGAGAAUCAGGAACUUUAACGGCACCUUGGAGCUUGUCUAG